CUGAGAGCAGCUGGCGGCUCAGCGCUCCCACUCCGCUCGGCUGCCUGUCCCAGCACAGACCUGCCUCCUCCUCCUCGUCCUCCUCCUCCUCCUCCUUCAGCCCCAGCCCCCUUGGUGCUGCCGCACCUCCUCCUCAGCGGCUACCCAGCUCCGGCUCAGUCCCCGGCUCCGGCUCUCUCCGUGUGCUGUCCCUGCCCCAGGCCCUCACUACACCGCCACCAUGGAUGCCAUCAAGAAGAAGAUGCAGAUGCUGAAGCUGGACAAGGAGAAUGCCUUGGACCGGGCUGAGCAGGCGGAGGCCGAUAAGAAGGCGGCGGAGGACCGCAGCAAGCAGCUCGAAGAAGACAUUUCUGCUAAAGAGAAGCUGCUGCGCGUGGCGGAGGAUGAGCGGGACCGGGUGCUGGAGGAGCUGCAUAAGGCGGAGGACAGCCUCCUCACCGCAGACGAAACCGCUGCCAAGGCUGAAGCUGAUGUAGCUUCUUUGAACAGACGUAUCCAGCUGGUUGAGGAAGAGUUGGACAGAGCUCAGGAGCGCCUGGCAACUGCCUUGCAGAAAUUGGAGGAGGCUGAAAAGGCAGCAGAUGAGAGUGAGAGAGGAAUGAAGGUCAUUGAAAGCAGAGCCCAAAAGGAUGAGGAGAAAAUGGAAAUUCAGGAGAUUCAGCUUAAAGAGGCUAAGCACAUUGCUGAGGAUGCCGACCGCAAGUAUGAAGAGGUGGCCCGGAAACUGGUCAUCAUUGAGAGUGACCUGGAGCGUGCGGAAGAGCGUGCUGAGCUCUCAGAAGGCCAAGUCCGACAGCUGGAAGAACAAUUAAGAAUUAUGGAUCAGACUUUGAAAGCAUUAAUGGCUGCAGAGGAUAAGUACUCACAAAAGGAAGACAAAUAUGAAGAGGAAAUCAAGGUCCUUUCUGACAAACUGAAAGAGGCUGAGACUCGGGCUGAAUUUGCUGAGAGGUCAGUAACCAAAUUGGAAAAGAGCAUUGAUGACUUAGAAGAGAAAGUGGCACAUGCCAAGGAAGAAAAUCUUAGUAUGCAUCAGAUGCUGGAUCAGACUUUACUGGAGUUAAACAACAUGUGAAAACCUCCUUAGCAGCGACCACAUUCUUACCUUUUUUUUUUAUAAACACCUGCUUGCCAUGAAACCCCUUUCAUUUGUUUUUUGGUUUUUGUUUUUGUUUUUGUUUUUGUUUUAAUUUUGUUUUACCACUGUCACGGAAACAUCUGCAAAAUACCGGCCAGACAUUAGGGGAACAGCAGAAAAGGGCAAGCCUUAGACAGGUCAGGGUGAUGAUGGUUUAAAUGUGCCAUUUCCCAGUAUAAUGUUGCCUACACUUUGUAGAGAGUAUAGCAACACAGUAUGUGCAGUCCAGGAAUCCUCACUAAAGCAGAACGAUUUCUACUUCAAGUGCCAACUCUGUAUUUAACAAGAUUAACAUUGGAAACACAGUCAGGUGUGGACUGGUGCUACUUUGAGCAAAAGGUACUUCUGUGGUCUUUUGUUUGAUAUUACACAAUUUAGAAUUCUGUCCAGCGCAGUAAUUUAUUUUGUCUGAGUUUUAUUACGAGAUGAGAAUUUGGACUUUCUAUGCCUGAAUUCCGUUGAAAACAUCAACAAAAGAUUUGUAAGCCACACAGAUAUUUUAAGACUUCAGUAUACUUGCACACUUGCAGCUCAUUACAAAUUGUAGGGCAGCAUUUCUGAAUGAAUUUCCAAUCUUUUUUUUUCUGGUUUUUCAUGUUAAAAUGAAAGAUUAAUUUAGGCACUACAUGAAAUUGGUAGGGAAAAAUGUUUCUUAUUUGUGUUGGGGGGAUUAAAAAUCGGUAUUUGCCUCACUUUAUUUUACACACUCUUGAGCAGUUUUUAAAAGUUAUAACUAUGUAAACAUUGUAUAAUGAUAUGGAAUAAAAAUGCACAUUUUAGGACAUUUUCUAAA